AUGUCCACAAAUGCCAUGAUUCAGCAAAGUAAUGUCCCGUUCGCUCAAGGGUCAUUCAAGACGGUGUGGCUCGGGUACUACACCCGUGGCCCACGCAAAGGAGAACAAUGCGUGUCAAAGGUAUUCUUCAACACCGGAUCUGUCUUCGAAGCCGCCUAUUUCAGCACCGAAAUGGAGGUUAUACGGCAGAAUCAACAUAUCAUUGACGCGUGGAACGCCGCCAGGGUCAUCAACAUGCGCAUUGUUCUCAACACUCCUCAGAUCUGGGCUUACGCACCCUCGGGCGAGAUGAACCAAGUUGAGCCGUUCAUCCCAGACUUUCGCAAGCUCAACAGUAAUACCGGGUGGGCACCUCUCCCGGGAGACCCGUGGGGCGACGUGGUGCAGGCCCUCAGCCACUUCUCGUACCACAACCCCGGCGGCCAGAUGCUGCUUUGUGACAUCCAGGGGGGUACACACCAGAGUGAAUUCAUCAUCUCGGACCCCGGCAUCUUGUCGCUGGCCGGAUCCUACGGCCGUGCUGACCUUGGUCUGCAAGGGAUCUAUAGAUUCUUCGCGCACCAUCAAUGCACCCAAUUCUGCCGCCCGGGUUGGACUAAAGCCCAGGUGACGUGGGUGCACUCGUUUGCUAUGAGGCGGGGAACGACCAUGUCGAUCACAUGA